UACAAAAUAAUAAUAAAAAUGGAGGAGACUGAAGUAAUUGUAGACCAUAUGGAGUGUGAUGUUUGUGGUGAGCGCACAUUCCAGGAACGCGAAGGCUAUUAUUACUGUAUCGAAUGCGGCACUAAGAAGGAGCAGCUACGCGCUGUAGAGAUCAGUGCCGAAGACACAUUCAACGACCCAUCAAAGCACCUCUCCCAGCAAACAAUAAAGAAACCCAAAGUAAAGACAGAAGAAAAUGACAUUACAUCGUGGGAGUUUUAUAAUUAUGUGCUGCGGGGGUUUCUGGACGAGCUGCUGAACAUGGGCGCCAAGCCAGAGCUCAAGCUAAUGACGCUUCAGGUAUGGGCCGCCUACAUGGCACGCAUGGAGGUUGCCUUCAACAAAAACAAUGAGAUGGGCCUGCCGAAGUUGAAUGUGCGGGCUUUAGCCAGUGACGCCCGUAUUAUUUAUAAUUACAAAAAGAUAAAGCGGAAACGUGAACGCCAACGCCAGGGUAAGCAAUUAAAAAUGACUGAAACUGGCGAUGAGCGCGCCAACUGGCGUGAGUGGAGAAAAACCAAGCGCAAAUUGGAUGCGUCGGGCUACCAGGUAAAAAAAGGCGCCCAAUCGGAAUCCACAUUGCAAACUAACCAAAGUAUACAGCUACAAUGGUCAGUGAAUGCCCGCAAAUCCUUGAAAAAGCAAAUGCCGCUCAAGCAUCUGGAUAAGCAUAGUUUGGACAGUUCAGGAAGCAUGCUAUGCCAUGGCCUGCGCCCCAAGGCUAGUCUUCUAUGUAAUUUUGAUCGGCAGAUUUAUUGUUUGAACAUUAUCAAAUUGUAUACUGUGCUGGCCAUAGCCCUUAACCAAAUUGAGGACGAUAUACAGUUAACUGAUCUAAUUAGAUUUGUUAAUGAGGAGCACCUGACUAGUCGCUAUAUGUUAAGUUAUUUGCCUGAGAGUGUCGCCAGACAUGGCAAGACGCUGAUGAAGCAAUUGGAAUUAAAUUCUCAGAAGGAUAAGUGUGGCUAUAAGUUCUUGCGUACUCAGAUUGCAAAUAUGUCCCGUUUUAUAGAUAUGAAUGGUUUCCAAAAGCCGGAUCUAGAAGCACUUACCAAGCGGUAUGUUCUAGAACUGGAUUUACCGCCAGUAAUAGCCAGCUAUGUUAGCAGCUUAAUGGACGUACUGCCACCUACCUUUGAUCCCAUUUAUGGAAUUCAUGUUUAUCCUCGCUAUGAGGCUCGAGUCAUGGCCUACAUUAUAUAUGUCAUGAAGCUACUGUUUGGUUUGGAUGAUGUCAAGGAGCGCGCUAUAUCGGAAUCCGCCAUGCUCAUUAACAAAGAGCUCCUGAAGCCCACUGAUGAGCAGACAGAGCAAGUGCAGCCGCUGUUCGUUUAUACCGAAUGGAUGCAGUUUGUUGAGCUGCGUAAAGUUUUGGUUUCACAUUAUAACGAAAGUUUCGCACAGCGAUUUGGUAUUACAACCGGAAAUGGGCGCAAGAUUGACGACUUUUUGAAUAAGGAAAGGAAACAAAAAGAGCAUGAAUAUAACCACAAUGAGAUGCAAAUAACGCCAGCAAUGCAGCGCAUACAUGAGAAUAUUUGUUUAAUUUUUGAGACAUUGCUGAAAAAUAAAUUCGGCGAGUCAAGUAGCGAGAACUUCAUGAAGGAUCACAUCGAAUUUCAGCCCAGUUUGACGCCAGCACAUAGCUACUUCAAGCGAAUUCUCCUAUACGCGAGCCAAGCAGAGGAGGGCGAGAUGAGCGUACAAAUUCCAGACUUCAUGAAAGUAGAUCACACAGAGCGUCAACUCGAGCCCUUUAAAUAUCAGACAACAGAAUUGGCUCAGCAUUUGUCCGUGAGGGGGAAAACGCUGCGUGUGGAGGAGUUGGCGUGUCAGAAGGAAUAUGAGGAAGUUGGAAUAUUUCAGAUGCUGAAGCGUCCUAAGAAUCGCCACAAGGAAUGGCGCGCCAAUUGCGAUAUAACUACACAGACUUGGCUGGACGAACUGCGACGGCGGGAGAAGCGACCCAAAUUCGAAUUCCGACGACCUGUUGCAACUUACGGCCGUCAAUAUCAAAAUAAAAUUAUGGACUGCGCUGUACGCCGUCAGGCGCUAGAGAGAGAUAAUCCCUUUUGGAAAUUACGCGACUCGCCCAAUUAUAUACUGACUAUCGACAAUGAGGAUGUGUCGCUAAACACUUUAGCUUCCAUACAAACAUUCGAUGAGAACAACAUGGAUCCGCUGCGUGUGCCACUGAAGAUGCCACGUCGUCAGAUGCGCCCAUUGUCCCAAGAGACUACAGCAUCUGCACAACCAAAGCCAGAGGAACCGAUUAGAGAGAAGGAAGACGUAAAAGGAGAGAACGAGUUGCUAUUGAAAAUAUCCAAUUUCGAUUGUUGGCUACUGCAUGGAUAUGUAGCAAGAAUAACAGACUCCAGUAAGCAGAAACUCCGUUCGAUUUUCCCCUGCUCCUUUCGAUGGUUGCUGGAAACAUGCGCCGCUACCCUUGGUGUCGAAUGGGAUGUGGUAUACGAGCAGUUAUUGGUAUUGGAAGUGGUUUUCCAUCAUGGCAUCGAGGAUUGGAGCACGCAUAGCAGCCACUUGCGACUUAAAUAUAAUAUACUAAAUAAGGAUAUCAAUUUGUUAACCAAAUCUUUUAGAGAUAUGUGGUAGAAGUGUGUGUUGCAAGACUUCCUAAUCUCAUACAUAUUUUUUUUAUCACUUAAUAACCGACACAAGAAUAAACAAGUCGUACAAGCGCGUAACAUCAAUA